AUGUCCGCCACCGACCCAUCCGACCCCGUGAAAGUCUCCCGCUUCACCUAUCGACAAUUGCAAGGGUUGCGACAUGGAUCCACAGCGACACCUUUGCGCGUGGUCGCGCAUAUCGACCUCGAUGCCUUUUACGCACAAUGCGAGAUGGUCCGCUUAGGAACGCCCCGAGAAGUCCCUCUAGCAGUACGCCAAUGGGAUUCACUGAUCGCCAUCAACUAUGCCGCGCGCCCGUUCGGGGUCAGUCGAUUGAUCAGCGUGGCCGAGGCGAGGAAAAUGUGCCCGGACUUGGUCCUACAGCACGUUGCAACAUUCAGAGAGGGAGAAGGGGGUCGAUGGGCAUACAGAGAUGAUUCUUUCCGAAGUAUCAGCACGGACAAGGUGUCCCUGGAUCCGUACCGAGCACAGUCGCGAAAGAUCCUGCAGACGAUGAAAGAGGCUCUUGCGAAAUGGGGCGAGGAUGCGGAAGAUGAGACUAAGCGACCGACACAAGACGUUGCUGCUGGGCUGGAGAAAGCUAGUAUUGAUGAGGUUUUCAUUGAUUUGUCGCCCUUGGUCUAUAGAGCGCUUCUUCGGAGAUACCCAGAGCUACAGCCGGGCACACAGGACGACAAUCGUGAUGCCGAAUUGCCCGUACCCCCGAGCACCGCAUUGCAGUGGGAUACCGAUUGUCUGGUGGAUCUUGAUCAGCAUGAGACGGAGGAAGAUGACCCAGAUUGGGAUGACGUUGUAAUGUUGAUAGGGUCUGAAAUUGUCCGGUCGGUGCGAAAUGCGGUCUGGGACAAGCUGAGCUACACCUGUUCUGCGGGUCUUGGUCGGAACAAAAUGAUCGCGAAGCUGGGAAGUUCAUGUAACAAACCCAAUCUGCAGACCGUUGUACGGAAUCGCGCGGUGCAGAACUUCCUGGGUGGAUACAAAUUCACUCAAAUCCGCAUGCUCGGUGGAAAACUUGGUGACCAAAUCACAAGCUCCUUCGGGACUGAAAAAGUCAGCGAGCUGCUCAAUGUGCCCCUCGAACAGCUACGAGCCAAGCUGGAUGACCACACGGCAUCGUGGCUCUACGGUAUCAUCCGUGGAGAUGAUCGCAGCGAGGUCAAUCCCCGUACUCAGAUCAAGUCCAUGUUAUCUGCCAAAUCGUUCAGACCAAGUAUCAACUCGCUCGACCAAGCUGAUAAAUGGCUUCGGAUCUUCGCAGCUGAUAUCUAUGGCCGGCUUGUGGAGGACGGCGUACUUGAGAAUAGACGCCGCCCGAGAGUGAUCACGCUGCAUCAUCGGACUGUCCAGUCGCGUUCUCGCCAGAUCCCAAUUCCCGGAUCCAAUGCCAUUGAUGAGGAGUUGUUAUACGACCUGGCUAAAACCCUGCUUCGCCAAGUGGUAGUUGACGGCCAGGCAUGGCCAUGCUCUAAUCUAUCAUUAAGCGUAUCGAGCUUUGAAGAUGGCGUGAGCAAAAAUAAGGCCAUAGAAGGCUUUCUCGUCCGAGGUGACCAGGCAAAAGCUCUUAGCCAUGUUGCGAGAACUCGCAGUAUUGAAAAUGUCUCGAAUGACACUCCUCCAGCGGGCAAGAAGAAGAAACUGGACGGAGGUCGGAUUCAACAAUUCUUUAGUAAUCCUCCCGAAGAAACUGGCGGAGAGACCGAAGAACGCCUUCGAGUCCCUCAUGAAAUAGUCUCGGAAGAAUUCCAGAUUCCUCAGUACACAUGCCCGCGAUGCUCCACAUCGGUACCCCAACAUGAAAAAGAGGAACACGAUGACUGGCACUUUGCCAAAGACCUUGCCAAUCAAGAUCGCGAAGAGUCGAGAGCCUCCCAGCCGGUGCCACCCCCGAAGAGCAGCUCUCGAGGCACAACGCCUCGUGGAAGAGGCGGCCGAGGUGGUGGUGGUGGCAGGGGCAAACCCGAGAAAGGGCAAAUGCGACUUGCCUUUCAAUGA